AUGGUAUUUGUGGUGGUGCGAGUGGACACCAACGAAGGUUUGGACACUCUUCUCAGCCAACUGAACAGGUUCGAACUACCGUAUAACGUCUGCUCGGAAGAUAAUCUGGAAGCACCAGUAAGCACUUCUACCUCUUCGUCCACGAGCGUGACGGACACGGCCGACUCAUGUGAUGUAGUGGGAGCUACAGUAACUGCGGAGGUGGUCGUAAGUGGAGAGGAGAUCGACAUAGCGACCCUAUUGGGAUCUCGUUCUGAUGGCGAUGAUGGGACACUGGAACCAACCAAUGGUGCAUGGCCCGAUGCUUGCACAUCCGAGAUAUGCGGUUCAUUCAACCUGGUACCUUUUCUUCGAUCGAAAAUGCUUCAUGCCGCUAUUCAUUCGGAUUUCAAAAGGAACGAGGAAGAGUACAUGAAACUAUUACUUCUGACAGAGAAAUGCUUUGACAACCCGUAUAUGUGA